CUGAGCAUGACAGGAGAAUUCGGACUACCUUUUGUACGCAGCCUAUUUACUAUCUCCCUAUCGCUCCUGUGACUUUCCUCCUCCCUCUGGGCAGCUCUGAUCUCUUCCCGUAGACAUUGCCCUAUUGAUUCUCAUACUGGCAGGUGUUUUCUCAUGAUAGUCACACAGAUACAUUUAUUACAGUAGUCUGAUUGUAAGUUGGGACAGGAGAACUCACAAUAGCCAGUUGAGUGGCUGCGCAGUCUCUGUGUUCUGUUACCAUGGCAUCCUCACUGCUGAUUGAUCUGCUGUCCCUGAACGUAACUCAGCUCUGCCAAUGGGCGGCCUGGCUUUUUGCCCUGCUUGCAAUAUUCAAAGCAUGCAAACUGUACCUGACAAGGAGGGAACUGCUGACAACAUUUAAAGAUUUCCAGGGUCCUAAGACCCAUUGGCUGUUUGGGAAUGUCCACGAGGUAAGUUGCAUGCAGAUAUUUAAUCUAUUGGUUUUACAUUGGAGGACUGAGGCAGCUGGCAGGAAUUUUUCAAGCCCUUCCCAAGCCUUUACAUGGUAGAUUUGCACAUGGGCUGUUGGCCUAUGAUCUUAAAGCUCUUCAUCCUAGAGUGGCGCAUUGGGAUACUUGCAGGAAUAUGUAGUUUAGCAUUCAAGAAAUGGCUGUUCUAACAAUCUAAUGCCUCUUAUGAGAUUAAUCCACUCCUGGGGCUUAAUGCAGUACAAGGUUAAAUAAGGCCCUGGAAUGAGGCACUUGAGACAUGGAGGGUGCAAAUCUGGGGAGUUGGCCUGGACUCCCUAAUAUAUUUACAGGGUGCUGCUCGGCCAUAUCCAGCACAAUAUAUAUAUAUGUACAAUUACAAAUGGAAACAAUUACAGAACACUAUUUUUGCCAGCCUGUCAUAGGGAAAGGACAUGAGCAAUUCAACUUCUUCAUCCCAAUUACCAUAUUGACAUAUAAACAUAGUAUUUGAAGUCUAAUGUUUUGGUCUCUGGUAUCACAGACUACAGAUAAUAGUCCAAAAAUAACCUCUUCCCCAAAGGUCUUUGGGACAAAAAUACUUUGGACAUGUUGGAAUGGUCCCUCUGGUUCAUUUACAGCAUGUACAAUAAACAGUAAAUAUUGGAAAAUGUGACAAAAAUUUGAAAGAAUUCAAGAAACUAAGAAUAAAUCAGGGCAAUUUCUGGCCACAUUAAAACUUUUGUGUCCCAUCAAAAAUGUGACAUUUUUACAUUGUAGAAACAUCUUCUGUCUGUGUUGAAGGAAUCUAUGGCUCGAAAUAUCUACUAUACUAUAUUACGCCAGCAAUGUAUGAUAUAAUUCCCCAACAAAUUCCUAAUGUACCUGCACACAGUGCCAGACCACAAUGGUACUAUAUCAUCCUUAAGCUAUCAAUGCAUUGUAUCAUCCCCAGCAUCUUCCUAAUGUACUUGCGCAAAGUGCAAGACCACAGGGGGCCAGUAUGAGGUUUGUGAUGUUGCUAGAAAUACUCUUCUCUACCACAUAGCGCAUGAGAGAGGCAUGAAGGCAAGUAGAUGCUUUUUAUUAAUUAAAUUAAUUUGUGUAGAUGCUUAGAUCUUAUAAUUGGACCCCAGUCAUGGACCAUGAACCUCUUUUUUUUCUGUGAUUGCCCUAUUUCAAUCAAAAAGUUUUCAUCAUUAUUUUGAAAAGGCAAAAGUAUAUUUUGUGCCCACAGUUUAAAGGAGAUGGGAAAGACUUGGACAUCAUGCAUGGUUAUGCUGAAAAAUACCCUUAUGCCUACCCGUUGUGGAUGGGAAGCUUCUAUCCUGUACUCAUAAUCUGCCAUCCUGACUAUGCAAAGGCCAUUCUGUCAAGACAGGGUAAGGAAAAGGACAUGCAUUCUGCUACUUGUUGUUCUAUUAAACUUGAUAGGUAUGUCCGUAUACAAUACACCAUCUAGGCAAUACAUGUUCUGUAUCUGUGUCUGCUACACACACUUUAGACACCUUGUGUCUUUCGGUUCAAAUAUAUUGUCAUAUAGUCAUAUUGUUAUGUAAGAGUAAUGGUGCCACUGAGACAUGAAACCCAUUGGAUUUAAAAGGACACUCAAAGCACUAAAACAAGCCUAAUAAAGAUAUUUUUGGUGUAUAGGUCAUGUCCCUACAGUCUUCAUCUAAAGUUAAAUAGCAGCAAAUUAAACAAUGAGACAGGGCACGAUCUAUACAUCAAAACUGCUUCGUUAAGAUUAGGAGUCCCAUAUUAUGGUAGUUCCUAAGGCUCUUUGCCAAGAUGUUUAUGUUCGAUGGUGAACUUUUUGAGUAAUUAAUUCUGGUCUUGAAGUCAAAUGGGUCAGUGAUACAAUGGUUUUGGGCAAUAAUGAGAAGCCUGCUUGCUGAGGAUGGAGGAAGAUAUGCAGGAUUUUGGGUGAUGGAUACAGGAGUUUAGAGAUCAUGCAGAGGGGGCAUCUUGUUUUCCUUUGAGCUAAAAUCCUUAAUGGUUUUGGAACCUAGCAAUGCUCCUUUUGUAGGUAUUUGUAUAGUGCUCUAUGAUGGAACCUAGCAAUGUUCCUUUCAUACGGUAAUAUGUCUGUAUAGUUCUCUAUGAUGCUCAUUGUGUAUAACAAGCUCUACAUGUAAAUUAUUAUUGCUUUGCAGACCCAAAGGAUAAUUUUGCCUACUACUUUAUUACUCCAUGGAUUGGUACGUAAUACCUUAUAUCUUUGGAGCGGCAAGUACUCCACAACAAUUAUAAGUUACUCUUUCUCAUUUCCUUCCUCUAUAUCCUGAUUUCUCUGAAUCAAUCUCUCUCUCGUUCUCUCUCCCCUCAUCUUAUCUACCAUCCAUCUCCUCUGUACAACAGAACAAUUUAAAACAGUAGUUUUUGACAAUGUGGUUGGAACCAAAAAUAGUCAUGUCAUGUUAGCAUGUCCUAAUUAGUUGGAACAAGCAUUUCAUAUAUGUUAUUUCCAUGGCAUCUUAUUACUAUUAUUACUGUAGCAGCACUGUCUUCCUCAUCUGAGACCCACCUGAGAAGAUGACAAUUAAUGUACUAUGCAAUUUUUUUAAUGUUAAAUUGUACUUGCAAAUGUUCCAUCUAAAGAAUGGGUCGCCAAGAAUAUGUACAUAAUCUAAAUCCUUGAUAAAGAAAAGUUGGCUUAAAUAAUCAGUGUGAUGAGAAAUUCUGAUUACAUGACAAAUUCAUCAAAAGCAUCUCUCUGUCUCUGAUUUAUUAGUCUUUUUCCAGUUCUGCUAUUUUGACAUAAAACAUGUAAUUUCUUAGUAAAUUUUUCCCAAAUUGUUUAAGAGAUUUAUUGUUUUUUGGGGGGAGCUCUAAAUAAUUUUGAUUUUAGGAAAGGGUCUAUUGGUCUUGUCAGGACAGAAGUGGUUCCACCACCGUCGGCUGAUCACUCCUGGCUUUCACUAUGAUGUUUUGAAACCAUACGUGAAGCUGAUGUCGGAUUGUACCAAUGUCAUGCUGGUAUGUACUCAUGGGUUUUGUUUUGUACUGCAAUCUUUUCAAGAAAGCCCAUAAAGCCAUACUCAUCUUCAUCUCUGCUUCAUCACUGAUGUACACCCAGCACUGAAAAAUAAUUUCUCUGCAGACGCCCAGGUCAACCUCUCUGUCUACUACAAAAGGACUUGAAAUAUUGACCCCUUUGUCAGCUCCCAUUUUUUCCCUUAAAAAUAGCCCUCCAAUCUGCUGGUCAGGGGUGAGGGCAUGGGGGUGGACAAUGACCUGUUCAUCCCUCAUUAUUUAAUUUCAAGCCCCCACUCGAUGCACAUGGGAAGGGACAUGGGAGGCUUUGAAUCUCUUUUCAUUAACUUAGCUAUUUGGUCAAACCACAAUGAUGCAUGGAUGAAGUUCGGAUUGCCCGAAUCAAGUUUUACUUUGGGCUGAACCAAUUUUUGUUGCCAUGCACAAGUCUAAAGGGAAAUUAGGACCAAGCUAAUUUAUGGCUUUGAUCCCCUUGGGCCCUAGGCAACUGCCAAUAGUCACCUUAUUGUUGUUGCUGCUCUAACUUUCAUUAGUCUUGGACAGCAAUGAUGACAUUAUUCACAGGAUGUGGCUGUGAUAGCAUACAAUGUUACUAGAUCCAUUUUGUGGAUUGAUAUAGAGUAUAUUGUAGUAUGUUUUCUUGUUAUUUUAGGAUAAAUGGGAGAAACUUGUUUAUGACAACAAGCCAGUGGAGCUAUUUCACCAUGUCAGCCUUAUGACGCUGGACACCAUCAUGAAAUGCGCCUUCAGUUACCAUAGCGACUGCCAGAAUAACAGGUUUAAAAACUAGGAUAUCUACUUGUUAGAAUAGCAUGUAUUGUGCUCUCCCUCUCACAGAGAAAUCUGUAUUCCAAUAUUAUUAAAGUGUUAACACUGGAAUCAGUCACCAAUACAUAACCAUCUUCAAACAGCUUAUUAUUUACAAAAAUGUAGCAAUCACAGGAUAAAUUAAUGGGAACUUCCAUACACAUUAAAAAAAAAAAACAACAUGAAAUUAGCAAGGUAUUAGAAGAAUGACUGUCUAUUAAACCACCCAGACAGAUGUACAGAAGGCCAGUAUGUGGUCACCAAUCCAUCACUGGUUGGAAUACAUUGGCCGGUCAUGGAGACAUCUUGAAUUUUAAAGAUUAGUCCAGUGUUUUAGGAUUUUUGAGUCAUUACUUAUCUGUUCAAUCCAAUAAUAUUUGACACAUUUGUAAUCUGGUAGGUGUAGAGAUGUAAAUGCAGAAAGAUAAGUCCUACGCUCACUACCAUCAUUACUGGGCGGCAGCAAAGACUACAGUACACUAAAAACCCUCAAUUUGUUUAAAAAUACAUAGGGAUUAAGGAGAGAGCAGGUAACUUGUUUUUCUUAGGUGUAGAGAUGUAGGAUACAGUUAACCCAUUCUUGACUAAGGGUUUGGCAAAUAUGUUUACAUCAUGACUGUCCUACAAGUCAGUGUUCCUCAACCCUCUUCUCAAGGCACACCUAACAGUCCAGAAUUUAGGAAUUACUUAGGUGUGUCUAAGGUGUUUAGAAAAAAACACCUUAAGAUGUGUUUUUUUUUUGUUUUUGUUUUUUAAACACCUUAGACACACCUGGGUAAUCCCUAAAUACUGGACUGUUGGGUGUGCUUUGAGGAGAAGGUUGAGGAGCACUGCUACAAGUCAUGAAAGGAUAAAAUUACAUAAAAUAAAAUUAGUAAUUAAUAGGUCCCCAACCCCCCAAAAUGGCAGGAUAUUAAAAACGUUUGAUUAUAGGAGACAAUUCCUAUAAUAUUGUAACAUAAUUAAAAAUAAAUGCCAUAGGUAAAUUUUAAUCUGCAACUUAAGCAAUGUCUUAGCUGAUGCUAUGUUUCCACUAAACCACAGAGGGAUAACUUUGGCAUUGCAUUUGUGGGUUAUAUUUCCUAUGCUACUCAGCUAAUAUUACACAUAGCUGCACUUGUUGUACAGCGACGUGCAAACCUUAUAAUUCAUCCACUUGUGCUGCUCUUACUAUAAUGACGUUAUAAGGCUUGCUUCUCCCGCUCUCUUCCUGCAGUGACAAUGCCUAUAUUAAAGCAGUAUACGAUAUCAGUUACAUCGUGGAUUACCGCUUUUCCUGCAUUCCGUAUCACAAUGAUCUUAUUUUCUACCUGAGCCCUCAUGGAUUCCGCUUUCGUCGAGCACUAAAGACAGUUCAUCAACACACCGGUAUUUAUCCUGUGGACAGACAGACACAUAGAUAGAUAGAUAGAUAGAUAGAGGGAUGGUGGAUAGAUAGAUAGAUAGAUAGAUAGAGGGAUGGUGGAUAGAUAGAUAGAUAGAUAGAUAGAUAGAGGGAUGGUGGAUAGAUAGAUAGAUAGAUAGAGGGAUGGUGGAUAGAUAGAUAGAUAGAUAGAUAGAGGGAUGGUGGAUAGAUAGAUAGAUAGAUAGAUAGAUAGAUAGAUAGAUAAGGUAGGUAAACAUGCUAAAUAUGAAUUACCAUAUAAACUAAUAGAAUGUAUUACAACAAUGAUUUGCGAGGCAUUUCUCUAUUUCUGAUCAGCUAAGGUCAUUAAAGAGAGAAUGGAAUCACUCAAACAGGAUAAAGAGCUUGAAAAGAUUAAACAGAAGAGACAUUUAGACUUCUUGGAUAUUCUUCUGUGUGCAAAGGUAAUGAAUGUACCAGCCACGGACCUCUUUCACUAAAGAUAGAUGUGUGUCUUGUUUUUUUUUUGUUGGUUGUUUUUGUGUUUCUAGGCUCUUGAUUCAAUGUGGCAUUAGCUGUUAGAAUUGUGUCAAAUACCAUCAAUUUCCUCCCAGAUUCUAUGCCCUGUCCAACUUAUUAAGUCUCUUCUUUUUCCAUUGCCUACUCCUAUAUCCACCAUAAAAUAGCCUGCAGGCAUAACUGUGUAAGCAGAAAAAUAUGGUAACUGUCCAGUCAUCCACCUAAAAUUUCAUUUUGUGCUAAAAUACAGAACAAUACACAUUUUACAAAAAGCCUGAAGAAAUAUUUUUGCUUUAAUAGGAUGAAAAAAACCAGGGUUUGUCUGAUGAGGACAUGCGUGCCGAGGUAGACACCUUCAUGUUUGAGGGACAUGAUACCACAGCCAGUGGGAUCUCCUGGAUGUUAUACUGUAUGGCCAAGUACCCCAAGCACCAACAGAAAUGUCAAGAGGAGAUCAGGGAGAUCAUGGGUGAAAGGAACACGGUGGAAUGGUGAGAAGUUGAACACAAACAUUUUUCAUGGUUUCUAUAGUACAGAGCUACAUGUUUAACAAUUUUGGAAUUCGAGAGUUUCAUUUUUACAUAUCACAAUAAAUAAUUGAGGCAGAUAAAAACACGUAUAUUAGAUCUAAACCUGAACACCUCUUCAGUGGAUGACUAUGGCAAAUGACAUUUAUCUUCUUAAUAUUACUUUAAUACUUUAUCUCUUCAGUUAUUGCUUUUUGUGACUUUUUUGUUAUCUGAAUGUGACAAGGGAUGAUUUAGGUAAAAUGACCUACACCGCUUUGUGCAUCAAGGAGUCUUUGCGGCUCUAUCCACCAGUCCCAGAGGUUGCCAGGGAGCUUAGUCAGCCAAUCACAUUCUGUGAUGGAAGGACUCUUCCAAAAGGUAAGCGUACAUGCAUCUACGCUAUUAUUACAUGUAGUCUACAGCAAAACAAAUUCUAAUGAUAAAACAAUACAGUGUUAAAUGCGGUGACUACCAUUACAUCCUGUUCCAAAUUAUUAUGCAAAUGAUAUUUUUCUCAUUUACCUAAAUAAUUGAUGUAAAUAACAGUCAGUAUAAUUCUCAUGUUAUCAACUAUUAAGAGUACAAUUCAAAUUUUAUUGAACAAACCUCCUGAUGAUAACAGUAUUUCUUUUAAACAUAAAAAACUUACAAUGCACUGUUCCAAAUUGUUACGCACAGUAAGUUUCAAAACACUUUAUAGGUUGUAAAGAACUGAAAAUUGUCAUUUGUUGUGUUUGCAGCAUAUUUACUGAAAUCAAAAGCUAUUUCAAUCAAACUUAUAACAACAUUUUAACUUUUUAAACAUUUUAACAGGUCACGUUACAUUUUAACAUAGGACCCCUUAUUUGAUAGCAGCUUCACAAGUCUUGCAUCCAUUGAACUUGUGAGUUUUUGGACAGUUUCUGCUUGAAUUUGUUUGCAAGAUGUCAGAAUAGGCUCCCAGAGCUGCUGUUUGGAUGUAAACUGCCUCCCACCCUCAUAGAUCUUUUGCUUGAGGAUGCUCUAAAGGUUCUCAAUAGGAUUGAGGUCAGGGGAGGAUGGAGGCCACACCAUGACUUUCUCUCCUUUUAUCCCCAUAACAGCCAUUGAUGCAGAGGUAUUCUUUGCAGCAUGAGAUGGUGCAUUGUCAUGCAUGAAGAUGAUUUUAUUAUGGAAAGCAUGGUUCUUCCUACUGUAACAGGGAAGAAAGUGGUCAGUAAGAAACUCCACAUACUUUGCAGAGGUCAUCUUUACCCCUUCGAAGACUCUAAAGGGGCCGACCAGCUCUCUUCCCAUGAUUCCGGCCCAAAACAUGACUCCACCACCUUCUUGCUGAUGUCGCAGACUUGUUGGUACAGGGUUGCCAUCCACCAACCAUCCAUCUGGACCAUGCAGGGUUGCACAGCACUCAUCAGUGAACAGGACUGUUUCAAAAUUAGUCUUCAUGUAUUUUUCUGCCCAAUGCAGCCGUUUCUGCUUGUGAGCAUUGGUUAGUGGUGGCCGAAUAGAAGGUUUAUGCAUAGUUGCAAGACUCUGGAGGACUCUACACCUUGAUGUCCGUGGGACUCCAGAGGCACCAUCAGCUUCAAAUAUCUGUUUGCUGCUAUGUAAUGGUAUUUUGGCAGCUGCUCUCUUGAUCCAAUGCAUGGAUCUGUCAGAAAUCUUCCUCAAUGUGCCUUUAUUUGCACAAACCCGUCUGUGCUCUGAAUCAGCCACAAAUCGCUUAAUAGUGUGAUGAUCACGCUUAAGUUUUCGUGAAAUAUCUAAUGUUUUCAUACCUCGUCCAAGGUAUUGAACUAUUUCACUCUUUUCGGCAGCAGAGAGAUCCUUUUUCUUCUCCAUAUUGCAUGAAAAUGGUGCUCUGCUUAAUAAUGUGGAACACCCUCCUUUAGUAGUUUUUCCUUAAAUUGGGCUCAUCUGGCAAUCUAAUUAUCACAGGUGUCCGAGAUUGUUUUUAGUGAUCAAAAGAGCCCUGAGACACAAUGCCAUCCAUGAGUUAAACUGAAAAACAAAAUAUUUAAUCUUUGUGACACUUAAAUAGCAUAAUAAUUUGGAACAGGGUGUAGUAUUCACCUACUAUAGACGUUUCCACAUUUUUUUGUACUCUGUGCAUGGUCUGCCCUGGAAGAGCAUUGGGCCAACAUGUUCACUUUGAGAGGGGGUGUGCUUGUCAUUGGUGAUGACAAAGCAUAACUGGCCUGCGCCCCUCUCACCAGGCCACUGUUUUUAAAAAAUGCCUGAUCUGAAUUAAUAAGACUGCUAUGUGUUCAUAAAAUAAUAAGCCAACCUCAUCAUGUCAGUUUCAUGAUAUAUAGAUUGAGGUUAGUCUGGAGUGAAUGGUGUGUGUGUGAUUGUGUGUGUUAAGGCUAAGGUAGUAUAAAACCCUGGAUGCGUACUUGGCAUGUACAGUGCUACUGUCUUGUAUAAAUGGCACUAAUGAUGUAUGAAUGUCCAGUAACGGUGGUUGAAACUUUGGUGUGGCGUAUUCAACCAAUUUGAUUGUUUGUGAUCCAUAUAGUACAUUUGGCAUGGAUGACUGGACUUUGAAAAAAAAGGUUGAAUUUACACUUUUCAUUAUUUUCUUUAAAGAUGGCUUUUUAAAAAUAAUAGAUACAACAUUAGAAAUGGUACACAAAACAACAAAAUAUAGGCACUGGUUAUCCAAUUUUAAUACACAGAAAAGAAGAGGUGGAGUUCUAAAAGGAAAAGGUGGAAUCUAAAGAGAAAAGGGUGGAGUUUACAAAGGAAGAGGUUUGGCCUUGAUAGGAAGGGGUGGGGUAAAUUAACAUCAGGUGGGUGCCCGAGCUUAGUCAUGCGCACGGCACCACAAAACCAAAAUAUACCACUGACCACAAGAGUAUGUGAAACAGGAAGUUUAUUCUUUAUAAUAAAGCUUAACUGCUGUCUAUAUUUUAUAUUUUUAUACUGCUUAUCUGUUGCUAUUAGCGCUACUAUUCUGCCAUCCAGAGAUAAAGGUGUGUAAAUGUGGUGGUCUCAGUCCUCCAUAGGCUUUCAUAUCUUUUGCAGUAAUAAAUGGCUUUAAAUAGUAUAUUUAAGCCAAACUGUGGGUCUCUUUCUGUAUAGAAUUCUUUGCACACUCAAUAGUGUUUUCCUCUUUGACAGGUGCUAAUAUAGUUCUGAGUAUAUAUAGCCUAAAUAGAUGUUCCAGCAUUUGGGAAGAACCAGAGGUAAUUAAAGAGUUAUUCAAAUUUCAUGUUUAAUUUGACAAUAAAUACACAGAUUAGCCACAACCUUAAAACCACUGACACAUGAAGUGAACAACAUUGAUAAUAUUGUUACAUUGUCAGCUUUCACAGGGUUGGAUAUGGCAGCAAGUGAACAGUCAGUUUUUAAAUGUGCUGGAAGCAGGAAAAAUGUGCAAACGAAAAGAUUGACUUUGAAAAGGGUCAGCUGGGUCAGAGUGUCUCCAAAACAGCAAGUCGUGUGGGGUGUACCCGGCGUGCAGUGGUUAGUAACUACCAAAAGUAUUAUAAGGAAGGACAACGGGUGAACAAGGCUCAUUGAUUCAUGAGGGGUGCGAAGGUUAGCAUGUCUGGUCCAAUCACACAGAAGAACUACUGUAGCUCAAAUUGCAGAAAACCUUAAUUCUGUGAUUAUAGAAAGGUGGCAGAAAACACAGUGUAUCACAGUUUGCUGCGUAUGGGGGGGUCUAGCUGCAGACUGGUUAGAGUGCCUAUAAUGACCCCUGUACAUCACUGAAAGUACCUUCAAUGGUGAUGAGAGCAUCAGAGCUGGAUCAUGGAGCAAUGAAAGAAGGUUGCCUGGUCUGAAGAAUCAUAUUUGUUCAGAACAGGUGAAUGGCUGGGUGCAUGUGCAUCAUUUACCUGGAGAAGAGAUGGUAGCAAGAUAGGGAAGAAGGUAGGCUAACAGAGACAGUGUUAUGCUCUGGGCAAUGUUCUACUAGAAUGCCUUGGGUCGAAGUAACUUUGACAUGUAUCAACUACCUAUAUAUUAUUGAAGAUCAUGUACACCCCUUGAUAGUUAUGGUUUUCCCUUAUGGCAGUGGCCUUCUUCAGCAGCAUAAUGCAUCCAGCCACACUGCAAACAUUCUUCAGGAAUGGUUUGAGGAACAUGAUCAAGAGUUCAAGUCAUUGUUAUGGCCUCCAAAUUUAUCAGAUCUUAAUCCAAUUGAGCAUCCAUGGGAUGUGCUGGCACAAAAAAAUGAUUCAUCCUGUUUUGGGAGCACCAGGAGGACUUGCACAAUAUUAGAUUGGUGGUUUUCAUGUUGUGGCUGAUCUGUAUAUUGUACAGCAUGCUGUGUUAUGAUUGAUGACUAUUUAAAAAUGGUAAGUGGAGUAUAUAACAUAUAUUCCUGGUAAAAUCAUUUGAAAAUUUGAGACAAUUUAAGCGAUAAGCAACAAUUUCAAACAUAAAAUCAAAAUACAAUUUUAGCUACAAAGUGAAAAUAUACUAUGAAUCAUAGUAUCUUCUGAAUUCCUAAAUCCAAAUAAAGCCCAGCAUAAAUUGCACAAUUUAAAUUAUUAUAAUAUUUCAUGUGCUUAUUUUCAGGUUUUUAACCCCUUGCGAUUCUCCCCUGAAAAUACAUCGACCAGACACUCGCAUGCCUUCCUGCCCUUCUCUGCUGGAUCCAGGUAAUGACAGUUACUGUACGGAUUUUCUCAGAAUUGAAUUAUAUAGCAUUUACUCCUACCAAAGUAAGACAUUACAUAUCUUUAUAGGAAAAUAUUACUAAACCAAUAGGGUUUCCUCAUUCCUCACUCACUUGUCCCAUGAAACACAUGAGAAGCACGUGCUAAAAGAAGUACGGUGGAAAAAGAAAAAAAUGCACUUAACUCCUCAGCACCUCCUCCUUCAGGGUGACUUUAUCGACCAUCCUCGAUAAGAACUUGGGAUUUACAGAGAAAUGCUGUGUAGUGGUCACCCCAAAAGUGUGAGGGGUUUUCGCCUCCACGAGAGAUGUCCUUUCUCCCCUGUAGUGAGAGAGAGGCUGUAGAGCAGAGCAGGAACAGCUCUUAGAAGAGCUAGUGAUUAUAAUGCUCCAAAGAGCUAUCCCAUGUUGAGGUGUUUGUCGUUCGGUAAUUCGUUCGGUUAUUCGAGCGAAAUCAUACUGUACAUAUUGUACAUAGGGGAAGUUAAAAUCACUGAGCAAACCAACAAACUCAUAAUUAAAAAUAUAAAAUCCAGGGACAGAGAGGUCUGUCACAUGCUGUAUAAGAACAUGCAUGCCCAGUCAUUCAUUACGUAAAGUUGUGUGCAUUCACACUCCUGUUUUUACAGUAGUGCAAGGGUUUAAUUUCUUUACACGGUUUGCCUUGGCUGUGCCAGAAUAGUCAGGCAUACUUUGUACAUUAUAAAACAAAAACUCAGGCUGUGCGAAACUCUCAGUUACACUUUAACUAAUGGAAACAUUGUUGAAUUGAGGCCAGAUAGACUAACACAGAUUUAUAGUUUUGUUUUAUAAAUAAUAGUUUACCUGACCACAGUAUUCUUAUCCCAAUAAAAUAUUUGAAAAUUUCUGUAACGCCAAUGGAUUUGUCUCAUAAGUACUUAAAUUGUUUAUAUAACAUAGGAAUAUAUUUAUUAUCAGAGCAAUUGAUAAAUUAUUUUGAAAGAAAAUAUUAGUGAUAGUUUUUUUCUGGCAUUAUUUAUAAACGGUACUGAGGGUCUUCCCACUCCAGUGACAUAAUUAAUCUAUUUAAUUAAGAGAAUAAAUUUCUACAUAUCUCUAAACAGAAUGCACGUGUCAUGGUUGAUUAUAUAUUUCCUACCUGUUCUAUGUUAAAUUUUGUAUAUAUUGUGUAUUGUUAUUGUUAUUAUUGCCAUUUAUAUAGCGCCAACAGAUUCCGUAGCAUAUUAAUAUUGUUUUUGUAUUUUAUUGUACCCUAUUGUAUCAAUGCAAUGUUUUGUGGACCCAGGACAUACAUGAAAACAAGAGAAAUCUCAAUAUAUCCUUCCUGGUAAAAUAUUUGAUAAAUAAAUAAAUACAUUUGCAUUAUGCUGCUCCUGAGAAAAUGUGCCAACACAAAUGAGGAAAAAAUAUUAGCGAAUUUAAACAGAUGUUAAAAAUAGGAGAUGAGUAAAAAGUUAUGUUCGCCAAAUAAUUCAGAUGAUGGGAAUUCGAGGUAUAAACUAUUUUGGAAUGACAAGAUUAGCACAUCACUACUAAGUUCCUUUUUAUAAAAAAAAUACAAAAAAGUUAAAUGUGUGAUUAGAAAUAUGUGAUUUAAUUUUACACCAUUUACAUUUUUUUUUUUUUUUUAUUCACCAUAUGGACACUGGUCAGCAAUAAAGUACUCGCAGUAUUCACAGUAUUCUUUGCUUGUGAAUUCUUCAGAUCUUCAGUUAAAAUAAGAAAAUUAGUGUAAAUGGUAAAAUAGAGAUUUUAGUAUGUACAAUAGAGAGGGGACCAAAAUAAAUGUUAAAAAAAAAAAAGGUCAGCUGUGCCUUUGGAUAUUCAUGAAAUAUUUGCUGGAAUUUUGAAGAAUACACCUUUAUAAAAUACCAAAAAAAUAUAACUAGUUUGUCUGUUUCUCUACUAAAUAAUGUUGCUUUGCAAAACUAUCCAUACUUAUUGUACAGGGCACCGGAGGCUGUUAUUACAACCUGCAAGUAUCCCCUGGUAUAUUACUUUAGCUCCCCCCGCUGCCUUGCUGCUAGAAUGCAGCACUGCACAUUGUGUGCCUUUUGGGUUUAAGCUCAGCAAGGAAAUGAUUCUAAAUGUGGUCCCCAGUAGGGAGAAAUGUGUUUCUCCUGUGGGUGGAGACGUGGACUGGGAAAGAGUGGAGAAGUAAAGUAAUGGUAUAUCAUAGUGCAUGUAUACAUGCUGUUAGGGUUAAUAAAGGUAUACACUUAUGAUAACUAAACUUUUUUGUUUGUGAGGUGAAAACUAAAUCUUUUAAUUUCCACAGGAACUGCAUUGGACAGAAUUUUGCUAUGAAUGAGAUGAAAGUGGCUUUAGCGUUGACCCUAAAGAGAUUCGAGAUCAGUCCUGACCCUGACAACGAGCCACUAAAACUGGCUCAGCUUGUCUUACGUUCUGUGAAUGGGAUUUACCUCCGCUUCAAGAAGGUGGAAACAGAAGAGAAAAAAGAGAAAAUCUGACUCAUCUUCUCUGAGGGACUUGUGAUAUAAUGACUUUCACGAGAAUAUUAAGCCAC